GUGACAUGUUGAAUUAAAUUAAAUAGAAUGAAAUAUAGAAAAUAUUGACAGUAUAAAAGCUGAACAUGAUGGGAAUACAUACCCCAUUUCAAAAAUAUCUGCAAACACACAGAGAACACAAAGGAAACCAAAACACACAAACAAACAACCAAACAGUAUCCAAAAAAUAUAACCGGCAAUAACCGGUAACAAACCAGUCACUAAAAACCCUACUAUUUCUCCCAUCUCUCUUCAUCCAUCCAACAAUAGCAACAUCAACUUCUUCCUUUCAUAGUUUCCUCUUUGUUUCCUUCCUUCUUCCAAACCAACAACUAUCUGCACUCUUUCAAUCACUCUUUUUUUUGUGUGUUUUUUUGUAUGCAUCAUCAAAUUCUCAAUCAACUUUGACGUAUCAAUUUUUUCUGUCACCAUAAUAAUAAACUUAACAUCAUCAUUAAUUAUUAUACCUUCUCUUUCUUUUUUUGUCACUUCCAUCACUUCACUUCACCUUCAUCUAUUUAAAAGUUUCAUUUUUUAGUAUUUUUCUUCAUUUGGGUCAUCAAAAAAAUUUACUAUCUUUUUUUUUUGUUGUCACUUCAUUUCUCCUUCAUCUAUCUAUAAAAAUAAAAAAGUUUCAUUUUUUAGUAUUUUUUUUUGGGUCAAAAAAAAAAUUUGUUGGGUUUUUUUUUAGUGAAUGAAGUUUUAAUAUUUUUUUUCUUUCUUUUAUCUAUUAUGGCUAGUGAUGAGGGUUUUGAAGGUUACCAUGUCCCACAACAAAGUAGAAGAGAUAAGCUUAGAGUUGUUGUGGCUCAAAACCAAUCUAAUGAACCUUUACUUCCUUUUUAUGAUUCUUCUUCUUUCAUUACUAAUUUUAACCAACAACAAGGUUUGAAACAAAAUUCUUGUUCUUCUUCUAAUUCUAUGAAGGAUUUAGAAUGUUCUAAUUUGAUGAUGCGUUUUUCAAGAGAAGAAGGAAAAAGGGUAAUGAAUAAUAAUAUUUCUUCUACUUCUUCUAAUCAUCCUUAUUUUGAAACUUUGAAUCAUAAUAAUCAAGCAAAUAAUAAUAUUAAUAACCCUUUUUUCUAUCAAGCACAAAACAUUCAAAAUCUUAGAAAUUUUGAUGAACAACAACAUAGUAGUACUAGUACUAUGAUGUUGAAUAAUCAUGAACCUUUGUCUUUGUCACUUUCAUCAAAUAAAAGUGUUAGUAGUAAUUUACCUUUGGAGUUAAAUCUACAAAGAUAUGGAUCUAUGAUUUAUGGUGGUGGAGGUAUGAUUCAAGGGUUAGUUGAAGGUGGUGGAGGAGGAGGAGGAAGUGGUGGUUCAGUUCCAUUUACUGGAUAUGCUUCUGUUUUGAAGGAUUCUAGGUUUUUGAAACCAGCUCAAGAAUUAUUGGAAGAGAUUUGUGAUGUUGGAGGAAGAGGUUUUUGUAGUGAGAAAAUUGUGGUUUUGGCUGAUUCAUCUUUGAUGAUGGAAUCACCUUUGGAAAGAUUGAGUGAAGAAGAUCCAUUUGGUGAUGAUGGUCGAAAUAAGUCAAGAUUAUUGACUAUGCUUGAUGAGGUUUACAAGAGGUACAGGCAAUACUACCAACAGAUGCAAUCGGUAGUAACAUCAUUUGAGUAUGUUUCGGGCCUCAACAAUGCAGCUCCUUAUGCAAGUUUGGCGAUAAAAGCCAUGUCAAAACAUUUUCGGUGUUUGAAGAAGGCAAUUACUGACCAGCUUCAGUAUUCCAAUAAGGCUCAUUUUCACACAAGCAAUAGGAAGGAUGAAUCUCCGAGAUUUGGCAAUAGUGAAAGAGGAGGUCCUUACGGCCAUAGGUCAGGUUUUCUUGAGCAGCAACAACCUGUGUGGCGUCCUCAAAGAGGACUCCCCGAGCGUGCUGUGACUGUUCUUAGAGCUUGGCUCUUUGAGCACUUUUUGCAUCCCUAUCCUACCGAUACCGACAAAAUAAUGUUGGCUAAACAAACCGGUCUAUCACGUAGCCAAGUGUCUAAUUGGUUCAUAAAUGCAAGAGUAAGACUAUGGAAACCAAUGGUAGAAGAAAUACACAUGCUAGAAACAAGGCAAACUCCAAAAGAUUCACAAAAGGAAGAAAGUUCUAGGAACAAAUCAAGUGAUCAUCAUCAUUUGCCUUCGGAUACUUCUCUACUUUCCGAUAAUCCGUCGACCUCGACAGAUAAGUUUCAAGACGUUGCUUACAAGCGUGCCAUAAACGAAAUACCGAACAUACCAAUUAGGAAUCAAGCACAACAACAUCAUCAACAACAACAAAUGAAUCUACCUUUUCAACAAGUUGGUGUUGGAAUGAACAUAGGUAGUGGAAGCAACAACAAUAAUAAUAGUAAUAGUAAUGUUUCAUUGACAUUAGGACUUUAUCAAAAUCAUGGAAUUGGUUUAGCUGAACCAUUUCCAUUAAGUGCUGCUCAAAGAUUUGGUCUUGGGCUUGAAACCAAUAAUGAAGGUUAUGUUAUGAGUGGUUUUGAAUCACAAAAUAGGCAUUUUGGUAGAGAUGUUAUUGGAGGUCAAAUGUUUCAUGACUUUGUAGGAUGAACAUCUUUUUCAAUAUAAUUAUUAUAAUAAUUUGUAUGUACUUUUUUAUUGUGUUUUUAUAAACCAUUAGAAACUAGGAAGAAAAAUGAUAUUAUUGAAAUAAUCUUUAUGGUACUUUACAGUUUGGCGAUGAAAAA